UCUGCUGAGGGAAGCCAGGGGGAGGAAGCUUUAGCUUAGGAACCAGCUACUUCCCUGGGCUGCAGCACAGCUUGAGUCCUAUUUGUGUGUGACAGGACCCAGGCACCGUCUCUCCCUCUCUGUGUGCUCGGGGCAUCUGACUGCCAGCCGGGCCCUGCUCUGCCAGUGGAUAUGGGAACCCAUUCAGAAGCUAUGGAGCUGAACGGGAGGAUGGGGGAGGCUGAUCAUCUGCAUGAAGACGAGAUUGUGCGUGAAAGGACUCGACGGAACUUAAAUAUAAAUCACUAUGCGAACAAAAAGAGUGCGGCAGAGAGCAUGCUAGAUGUAGCGCUGUUAAUGGCUAAUGCAUCGCAGUUAAAAGCCGUUAUUGAACAAGGACCUAGCUUCUCGUUCUACAUCCCUCUCAUUGUGCUGAUCUCCAUAUCACUGUUUCUCCAAGUGAUGGUUGGAGUGUUACUAAUUUUUCUAGUGAAGUAUGAUCUAAAUAACCCCGCAAAACAUGAAAAGCUGGAUUUUCUGAACAACGUCACAACGGGUCUGGUGUUCAUUAUUGUUGUAGUGAAUAUUUUUAUCACAGCGUUUGGGGUUCAGAAACCAGUAGAUACGUUGAAUAAACAUUAAUGGCGUGCGAGUACUACAGCUUGAACAAUAUGUGCAUUUUUUACACAGAUCAAGUCAAAUAAGCGCUGUGUCAACUUUCUAUUGCUGUAGAAUAUACAGAUCGAGUGAAUAUAAACAUUUAAACUGGGUAUUUUAGCCAGACGGACUUUUAUGUAGAAUCAAAUGAAAUCAGGGAACAAAUAAUUUUACUUUUAUUGACUUAAAAUGCUAUAAGCAUAUUUCAGUUAUCUUCCAUAAAUCUGUAUAAAGGCGCUGCACUGCCAGACAAUUCAUGAAAUAAGUGAUGUAGCAGAAUAAGAGGAAAGAAACAGAUGUAUCAUUGCAUUUUUAUAAGUAAAGAGCAUCAUGUAAUAUCUACAAGAAAAAAACAAAAACGCUGCUGUUUCUCCUUGUUUGACAUCACUGUGAGCUGAAUCAACAGUAACCAAAGAAAAUGUGAAUUGGAACAGUUCCAAAAGCUUAUUCCCUGGCAAUGAAAAAAGGUAAAAAUAAAUAAAUGAUGCUAAUAUACAGUCAUAUAACUGUAAUAGAUUCACCAUAGUAGAGAGAAUGUCAAGGUGUAACAUAUUUGCUACCCAGGAAUUCUCCGCUACACACUUAAAGAUAUUUACUAAACUUUGUCACAAAAUCUCCAGUGGACUGGUUUUUUUUUUGCAAAUGAUUGUAAUCAACAAGCAUUUUUAAUUGAAUAGUGGCCCUUUUGGAAUGAAGGAGUCAGCACUUAAAGAAUCUGUAAUAAAACAAAUCUAAAGGAAGAAAAAGUGCAUGUUCACUGCCCAGUGCACUUAUCAAAUAUCCAAUCCCUUCUCUGCAAAAUAAAUUUUCUUUUAAAGGAACAGUCAAGUCCAAAAUAAACGUUCAUGAUUCAAAUAGGGAAUGUCAUUUUAAACAACUUUCCAUUUUACUUUUAUCACCAAUUUUGCUUUGUUCUUUUGGUCUUUUAGUUGAAAGCUAAACCUAGGUAGGCUCAUAUGCAAGUCUGUCAAAAGAUCUGAGAUAAGAGGGCAGUUUGCAGAGGCUUAGAUCAAGGUAAUCACAGGUAAAAAGUGUAUUAAUAUAACUGUGUUGGUUUUGCAAAACUGGGCCAUGGGUAAUUAUCUAUCUUUUUAAACAACCAAAAUUCUGGUGUUGACUGUCCCUUUAACUGCAAAGAAGAUGGCUUACCAUAAUUCCAAGGCACCAUAUCUAGCGUGUAGCAGCUCUUUAGCACAAUGUAAAAUGUGUUGUAAACAGCAAGAAACAUGUUUUAAUAUGUUCACAAUAAUGAGACUCUGGUUUUGUUCUGUUCAUUUAAAAACUAUAAUAAAAAGACAGUAUUAUUAUGUUA